AUGGCGCCCUCAGCAUCGAACAGACUCGCCGCCGAAACACGCAGACUGGGAACGCCGCAGAGCCAAAAUCGCACCAUGUCCUCAGGCCCAGCAAAGAUCAAGGUCAAGAAUCCCGUCGUGGAACUCGACGGCGAUGAAAUGACACGGAUAAUCUGGCAAGACAUCAAGGACAAGUUCAUCUACCCGUACCUGGACAUUGAUUUGAAGUACUACGACUUGGGCUUGCCCUACAGAGAUGAGACGGACGAUCAAGUCACGGUGGACGCUGCCGAGGCCAUCAAGAAGUAUUCUGUGGGUGUCAAGUGUGCGACGAUCACUCCAGAUGAGGCCAGAGUUGAAGAAUUUCACUUGAAGAAAAUGUGGCUCUCUCCUAAUGGUACGAUCCGGAAUAUUCUUGGUGGCACCGUCUUCCGCGAGCCCAUCGUGAUCCCUCGAAUUCCUCGCCUCGUUCCCGGGUGGGAGCAGCCGAUCAUCAUUGGUCGUCACGCGUUUGGGGAUCAAUAUCGCGCCAAGGACACAGUCUAUCGUGAAGAAGGCACGCUCGAGAUGGUAUUCACACCCAAAAGUGGAGGCGCAGCGCAAAAGAUCAAGGUCUUUGAUUUCCCCGCAACCGGCGGCGUUGCCCAGACACAGUACAACACCGACGAUUCGAUCAGAGGAUUCGCGCAUGCGAGUUUCAAAUUCGCUCUUGACCGAGGCUAUCCCCUCUACAUGUCUACCAAGAACACGAUUCUGAAGGCUUAUGACGGACGUUUCAAGGAUAUAUUCCAAGAGAUCUACGAGAAGGACUAUGCCAAAGAAUUUGAGGCCAAGAAGAUCUGGUACGAACAUCGCCUGAUCGAUGAUAUGGUUGCGCAGAUGAUCAAGAGCACUGGAGGCUUUGUGAUUGCCAUGAAGAACUACGACGGAGAUGUACAGAGCGAUAUUGUGGCUCAGGGCUUUGGGUCAUUGGGCUUGAUGACCAGCCAGCUGAUUACCCCUGAUGGUUUGACGUUUGAGAGCGAGGCUGCACACGGCACUGUUACACGGCACUACAGAGAGCAUCAGAAGGGAAGAGAGACCAGCACUAACCCAAUUGCCAGCAUUUUCGCAUGGACCAGAGGAUUAGUCAAGCGCGGACAACUUGACGAGACUCCGGAGUUGGUGACUUGGGCGGAGAAUCUGGAGAAGGCUGUCAUCCAGACGGUCAAUGACGACGGAAUCAUGACCAAGGAUCUUGCUUUGGCAUGUGGCCGCAAGGACCGUGAAGCGUGGGUUACCACGACUCAAUUCAUGGAGGCCAUCGAGAGACGGUUCAAGAAGAAUCUGGAGUCUGAGGGUUUGUGA